CGUUAAUUAAGUAUUAUUACCGUUAAAGGUUUUAUUUAAGUCAUGUCUGUAUUUUAAUGAUGUCUGCCUUCUGUGUUGGUGAGCCAAAGACAGUUUUGUUUUAUUCUAGUACUGGGAUCAAGAUGGUGGUGUUUAAGGGAUUGCAACCAUUCGACCGACUUGUAUGCUAUCAAAACGUUUCCAUUGUUUUACUAACGAUUUGACCAGAGGAACAAGCAAUGCUAAAUAAGAUGAUGACAAAUUUGAAAAAAAUAGUUUGUGGAACCAUUUUUGAACACCAUAUGCUGGUGUUUUGUGGCUUGCACAAGACAAUGCACUCACCACAACUCAUUUUAGAAGUCAACUGCAUGAAAAAAUAAUAUUAAAUAAGACAAAGAAUGGGGAAUACUCUAUAUCACUUCUACAAAUCCGUUGUCAUUCUCUGCUCCCUAGUUGAUGAUCCGCUAUGGCUGCUGUUCCAUUUCUUUUCCACCUCAAAAGGGAGGGAGGGAGACUGAGGGGAGCGACGGUGCUGCGUGCGGGAUGGGGGGGGGGAUCAUACCAACUCGAAGACACAUUGGGAGCAUGGAGAUCCGGUCACCUGACGAGGCACAGGGACAUUUGGCGGAUGAUGACGACGACGACGACGACGAUGAGGGAAGCGAGGACGUGCGCCUGAUCCCAAGAUGCUCGCCGGUGCCCAGGAGGCGAGGCUCGUCCAUCCACGACGAGACAGCCGAGUACCUGCGUAUCCAAGCUUUCUUGUCCCCCGGAAAGCGAGUGUCGUUCGCCGACACCACGGGCGGAGACCUGGUAGACGUCCGCGAGUUCGUAACCUUCGACUCGGAUGACGAAGAGGACUCAGGGAGGUGGGACGAAGAGCUGGCGAAGUGUGGACCGGCUGAGCGAGACACGGUGUUUCAUGUGCACCCGGACUUUGAGCCCCGGAGCGGAGGCGAGCUGCUGCAGGUGGUGCGCGCGCAAAAAGUGUGCAUCGAGCACGUCGGCCCUGUGGAAGAUGAGCCCCUCGCCUUCAGUGGCCUCGUGCGGGUGCUCAAUGUGUCCUUCCACAAAGCGGUCUACAUCAGGUCCACCAUGGACAACUGGGAGACAUACUUCGAUCACCCCGCAGAGUAUGUCCACGGAUCCCAUGACGGGGACACGGAUAAGUUCUCCUUCAAGCUGUCUUUUGCGUCCCCUUACGUCACCCACGGCUCUCGCAUUGAGUUCGUUGUCCGCUAUGAAACCACUGAGGGGGAUCACUGGGACAAUAACUCUCAUAUGAACUACGCAGUGUCUCUGCUUCUGUCCUAUAAAGAGGAAUUACAGGAGACAGACGGCGAGCAGCAAGAAGUUAAAGGGAUCUUGAGACCCCCCAAACAUUACAGUGCGUGCAUUGAUUUAGACUCAGCCAACGAUGGAGCAGGCGAAAGUGAGAAGACCUGGGCAGCAAGUGAGGCAUGAAGGGCCGUGCCCAGUUGUCAUACGAUCCGACAGUGACAAGGAGGGUUGACCCAUCUUGGAAAAAGUGGAUAUCUUUAGGGACAAAUAGUCCACCACAAACUUCUUUGGAUUAUGUUGAAAUGAUCUAAAAUUGCAUCCACGUGUUUGUCAUUCAAGUGUACAGUAGAAGCAGUAUGUGCUUUAAUUAACAUCCCGUUCAUUGUCCUUUUGUGUAAUAUUGAGGGUCUAUUUUUUCCCAUGUGUUUACCUGUUGAUUUUGCAACCCAUUUACAUUUAAUUAAUUGAAGACAAGAUUGUUAAACGGCAUUAAAUCACUGCAAGAUUGUGACUGAGUGAAAACGUACUAAAUAAAAGAUUAAUUCUCCUAGCAAUCAAGACCAACCCUUGAAUCACCUAUUAGCAGGCAAGGGUUGCCAUCUAGUGGUCAUUCAAU